AUGAACAGAACCAAACAAUCCAAAAGUACCUCUGACAGUACUCAAAAAUGCCGAAAAAAAUUACACCAAGAAGCUCAAAAACAGAGUGUGAUUUACGAGAAAAACGAGACUCGACAAUUUCGCACUCUUGCUAAACAUAUGAAUAGUAUGCUUAAGGAUCGUACUGAUCAUGACCGUAAAAUGUUUCGCCAAUUGCACGAUGCUGAAUACCAUCUUAAUGAAUCAGCGAAAUCUCCACCAUCUGUACCUAGCAUUGAUCCUGUAAAAUAUGACGAAGAGAGGAAAUUGGACGAGAUUGACGAUUUUUUUCAAAGCCCUCCUGAGAAACUACAGAAAUCGGGAAUUAAUGAAGAAGACCUUUCCGGCACGGAGAACGACCAGGCCGAGUCUGAAUUCACUGGAGAAUCCGAGUCUGAAGACGAGGAGGAAAAUACUCCUCCAAGAAUCGACAAGAAGGCCUUUCGCGAAAAAUACAAGUCUAUUCCCGAAUCUUCGAAAAUGCGGUUGAGCACAGGAAAGAUCGUGGAGAAUACCCUUUUCAAAUUUUGUAAAAACAUGGACUAUGAGCACCAUGCUCACUCAUACAUUGUAGAUUGUGACGAUACCGAAAUUAAGGCUUUAUUCACUGAUACUGAAUGGAACGAAUUGACUAAUGACCGAUUAGGAGUUCCCCCUAUUCCGGCUGAUAUCGCAAAAGAAUUGUCAAAAUACGGAAAGAAGACAUUAGAAGAAUUUCGCGAGGUUUCGAUGACAUCUUAUCUUCAAAAUAAUGUUAAAUAUAAUGUCCAUCAACAUUAUGAUAAUGAAUGGAUACAGAUGUCCGUAAGAAAUCUUGUAAAUUUAUAUGAAAACACAGAUUGUCCUUUAUUGCAAAAUCAGUAUGAAGACUGGUACACUGUAGCUCUUUUUGGAAGUUGUAUAGAUCUCUGUCUUAGAGAUAUGCGGUUAGGGACUGACAUAAAGAGGACCGACGCACCCUCAUUAGCUUCCGCUAAUAGGAAAAAUCGUACAAGUAGCACAAGAAAGAGAAAGCUAACCGGGAGAAAAAUCGAUGGAAUAGUAUACGUUAUCUACAAACUUCUUGAGAUAGGGGCAAUCGAGGCAGCAAGAUCUUUUAAGGGUGUUUCCGAUCGAAAAUACCUCCUUGAGAAUUUCAAAAUGCCGAAAACACUUCGUGAUAUGCUAGCUGAUAUGAUUAGGGAUGUGAAUUACGAAGAAGAAAGGGUGAACAAACUUCAAAGUGUUCGGAAUCUUACACCUCGGAUUAAGGGUUCAAGCUACCAGUUUUCAGUGGAAGGUGUUAAAAAUUUCCUCAGAUUUCUAGCUAUGAUAUAUCAAUAUAAGAUCAUUGUAAAGGAUAAUUUGAAUAUCAUAAAAAUAAAUGCAAAUUCUGAGACAGAAGACGACUUAUAUAAUGAAUUUAUGGGAAUUGGUCAAUCUUCCCGAUCUACGCCUCCACCUUCGAUUUAUUUUUUUGCUGAUAGUGAGAAGACUCCGAAGAAAGCCAAAAAGAAUUCUGUGAAAAAGAGAAAUUAA